AAUUCAAGUAUCUAUUAUUGCAGGAAAACGGAUGUGGCCACUAGAGAACCAUGGAUUCCAAAGAUAACGUAUCUGAGCAAUUACAAGACUUGACAAGAAAAGUGACUGAGCUGGAAAAAUCGAACAAAACAAUUCUGAAGAGCUUAAAUGAAAAAGAAAGGUCCCAAAAGUUUGUAGACAAGAAAUGGACAGAUUUCGGCAAAACGCUGCAAUCGAUGAAGGAAAAAAGCGACACAUCCGACAAGGAGAUCCGAUUGCUGAGAGAGAACUUGCACCGACUUAAUGCUAAAGUAGAGGAACUCAGUCAAUCAGUAAAUGGUCUUAACUAUGGACAUAAAGAAGGAACAAGAAACCAAGCAAAGGUUAUCCCACACUCCCAAAAUGGUCCUAAAAUUACUAUAAGAAAACUUCAGGCUGUUGGCGAUGGCAAAAGUGUUCCAUCUACCAAAACGUCUAUGAACAAACCAAAUAACACGGAAGCUGUAAUAGGUACAAAGGAACAAGUUCCGGUGUCAGAAGAACACAAAUCAGAACCUAAGAGCAGUGAAAAUAAAGAGGAAGAUAUAAGUAAAACUCCAAAAUCCCCAAUUAAAUUUAACCAGCUUGGUCUUCGUGGACGCACGACCUCACUGGAAAUUGACAACCGUGUGCGUUUGAUGCAAGGAAAGAGCAUUGAAAAGGGUCAAACCACUAAUCCGAUGGCUACUCCUUCAUCAGAAAGUGUCAAAGAAGAGAGAGAAGACAAAAAGAAUCUUCCAACCAGAGACGAAAUUAAAAAAAUAACGAAGGGAAGACAAACUCGGAGGAGUGGAGAAAGGCCAAAACUGUAA